GCCCUCUGCCCCCACUCUCCGCCCCGGCCGCCAUUGCCUCGUGCCCGCGCCGGUCGGUUGGUGGCGCCUUUGUCCUACGGCGGGCAGGUGGGCUGAGGUGGAGGCGGCAGGGGCGGGCCUGAGGCGAAGGAGCGGCCGGGAGCCCGCCGCGCUGGUAGCGAUAUUAAUAAGGCAGCGGAAAGAAGAAAUAUGAAUACGGCUCCAUCAAGACCCAGCCCCACACGAAGAGAUCCAUAUGGCUUUGGAGAUGGUCGAGAUACAAGACGUGAUAGAUCCCCAAUCCGAGGAAGUCCAAGGAGAGAGUCCAGGGAUGGCAGAAAUGGCCGGGAUGCCCGUGAUAGCAGAGCCAUGCGAGACCCCCGAGACUUGCGGGACCACAGAGAUACCAGAGACAUUCGGGAUCACAGAGACAGCCGAAGUAUGCGUGAUGCUCGGGACAUGAGAGACCUUAGAGACUUUCGUGAUCUAAGAGACUCUAGGGAUUUUCGAGAUCACCGGGACCCCAUGUACGACAGAUACAGAGAUAUGAGAGACUCCCGAGAGCCCAUGUACAGGAGAGAGAGCUCUUAUGACCGAUACCUGCGAAUGGACGACUAUUGCAGGAGGAAGGACGACGCUUACUUUGACCGCUACAGAGAUAGCUUUGAUGGACGUGGCCCUCCAGGCCCAGAAAGUCAGUCUCGUGCAAAAGAGCGUUUGAAACGUGAGGAAAGGCGUAGAGAAGAACUUUAUCGUCAAUAUUUUGAGGAAAUCCAGAGACGUUUCGAUGCCGAGAGGCCUGUUGAUUGUUCUGUGAUUGUGGUCAACAAGCAGACUAAAGAUUAUGCUGAAUCUGUGGGCCGGAAGGUACGAGACCUGGGCAUGGUAGUGGACUUGAUCUUCCUCAACACAGAGGUGUCACUGUCCCAAGCCUUGGAGGAUGUUAGCAGGGGUGGGUCUCCUUUUGCGAUCGUCAUCACCCAGCAACACCAGAUUCACCGCUCCUGCACAGUCAACAUCAUGUUUGGAACCCCUCAAGAGCAUCGCAACAUGCCCCAGGCAGACGCCAUGGUGCUGGUGGCCAGAAAUUAUGAGCGCUACAAGAACGAGUGUCGGGAGAAGGAACGUGAGGAGAUUGCCAGACAGGCAGCCAAGAUGGCCGAUGAGGCCAUUCUGCAAGAAAGGGAGCGCGGGGGUCCCGAGGAAGGAAUGCGCGGGGGGCACCCUCCGGCCAUCCAAAGCCUCCUCAACCUGCUGGCAGAUAAUCGGUACCUCACUGCGGAGGAGACCGACAAGAUCAUCAACUACCUGCGAGAGCGGAAGGAGCGCCUUAUGAGGAGCAGCACCGACUCUCUGCCUGGCCCGAUUUCCCGCCAACCACUCGGGGCGACCUCGGGUCCCUCGCUGAAGACACAGCCAAGCUCCCAACCGCUCCAGAGCGGCCAAGUGCUCCCCUCUGCUACACCCAGUCCAGCUGUACCCCCCACCUCCCAGCAGGAGCUUCAGGCCAAAAUCCUCAGCCUCUUCAAUAGUGGCACGGUUGUGGCCAAUAGCGGCUCUGCAUCCCCCUCAGUCGUUGCCGGAAACACCCAGAACCAGAAUUUUUCCACAGGAGUGAACAGCCAGCCUCAGCAAAGAUCACAGGCCUCUGGCAAUCAGCCUCCAAACAUUUUGGGACAGGCAGGAUCUGCUCGGAACAUGGGCCCCAGGCCUGGGGCUCCUUCCCAAGGGCUCUUUGGCCAACCUUCCAGUCGCCUGGCACCUGCCAGCAACAUGGCUAGCCAGAGGCCCGUGUCUUCCACAGGUAUCAACUUUGACAAUCCAAGUGUACAGAAGGCUCUGGACACCCUGAUCCAGAGUGGCCCUGCUCUCUCCCACCUGGUUAGCCAAACCACAGCACAGGUGGGGCGACCCCCGGCCCCGAUGGGAUCUUACCAGAGGCAUUACUGAGGCUCAGUCUCUCCACUACCCCCAGACCCUUCAUCCCCUGGCCUCCCACCUACUGCGUUCAAAUAGAGUUAUUCGGAGGAUGUUUCCUGCGCCUCUCCAGGUCUACAUCGAAUGUUUCUACCACCUGCUCUCACUUCUGCCCGAGGCUGUGUUGCUUAUUCCUUCCAGAGUCAGAGUUGAUACUGCAUUUGGGGGUGUAUCUUUUUUUGUUGUUUUUGUUUUUUGUUUUGUAGAAAAUAAAUAUCUCUGGGGUUACUUGGGCAGUA